AUGAACGCUUAUAACCGCAGCUUUCCUUCGAUUCUUUGUUUCUCUGCUGAUAUGAGGAGAGGGAAGAUUGGGGAGGAUUGGGUUUUGGAUGCCCACUUGUUGAGGCUUCUCUAUAACCGUCUUCUGCAGUGGCGGUUUGCCAAUGCCAGGGCUCACUCCACUUUCUUGGUGCAGAGGCUGAGUGCAGAGAGAAACCUGUGGAAUGCAUGGGUAUCAAUCUUGGACUUGCGCCAUUCUGUCACUCUGAAACGGAUCAGGUUGCUCUUGCUGAGGCAGAAACUGAAACUAGCUUCCAUCUUGAAGGAGCAGAUGGGUUACUUAGAAAAAUGGUCUCUUAUGGACAGAGAUCAUUCGAAUUCUUUGUCAGGAGCAACUGAAGCCUUGAAAGGCAGCACGCUUCGUCUUCCAAUUAUUGGUAAAGCUGUGGUUGAUAUUAUAGAUCUUAAGCAUGUCAUUAGUUCAGCUGUUGAUGUCUUGCACGCUAUGGCGUCUUCCAUAUUCUCGUUGACACCGAAGGUGGAUGAAAUGAAGUCAGUAAUGGCCGAAAUGGUGAAUAUCACAGCUGAGGAAAAGGUCUUGCUCGAACGAUGUCAAGGAUUCUUAUCAAUAGCAGCAGCUAUGCAGCAUGAAGACGCACAUAAUACAACUAAGCCGGAAACUGACUUCACAACUGUAGAAACUGAUGAGUUUAUGACUACUCUCACACCACUCGACAAUAUGAUUUCUAACCAUGCUUACAUUUCCACGGCCUUUAUCUGUUUCCUUGCGUAA